AUGAAAUUGUUAUCAAAUACUAUUUUAUUUUUAAUAUUUUUAAAAAAUGUUAAUUGUCAAAUAGCAUGUUGUUAUCAGAGAGUUUUACUUACACCAACCUCUUCAAUGUACAUAAAUAUUGGCACACAAACUGUUAAAACAUCAACAGAAGUUCAAAAUUAUACACCAAUAUAUCAAAAUCCUUAUAAUUAUCCAAUAUCAGGACAAGGAUUAAAUAAUAAUAUUAUUUUAGGUCCAGGACCUGUAAUAACAAGUACACAAACACCAACAACAACAAAUAAUACAUUUGAAAUUCCAAAUGCUGUACCAUGGAAUGGAAAUCAAACUUAUUAUAGUGAUGAAGCAUCUAUAAAUCAAAUUUAUCGUGAUCCUGAAUUAAAUGAACAAACUAAUAAUAGAAAUGUAAAUAAUACUUCUCAAGCUACCACUCAAAAUAUAAACCAAUAUUAUCAAGGAGUUAAUUCUGGUUGGAGUAACGUAAAUGCUAACAGUGCAAUUAAUAAUUCUAAUAGUCUUUCAACACAAGGUUUUUCAAAUGAUAAUAGUAAUUUGACGACAUCUUCUAUUCAAAACGGAAAUAUUUACAAUGCAAGUGACAUAACUACAAAUGAAUUUAGUGAUAAUGGUUAUAUACAAGUAUCUGGGCCCGCUGGACCAGUAGAUAUUGGUUUUGAUGGAAGAGCUGUUGGAACUCAAACAACUUAUCAAGGAAGUACAGCUACGACAUCACAAUUGCAACAAAAUCAAAGUGAACAAUCUCAAUUCUCAACAACAGGAAUUUAUCAUAAUGCAAAUAUUAAUUAUGAAACAGUAACACAAUCAAAUUCAAUUUCACCAAAUCAAGAAAUGGAAACUGUUAGUUACACAAAUUCAAAUAAUAAUAAUUCAGUUACAAAUCCACCUGUUAUUUUACCAUUAGUAUAUACUAAUAAUCCUACAAAUAAUUAUAAUACUCAAGGAACAUCUCAAACAAAUGAACAAACAUAUUUUGAAAAUUCUCCAUCAACUCAAUCAACAUUAUCAUAUACAAAUGAAAACAUAUAUUAUUCUUCAACAUUACAACCAACUAUAAAUAAUGUAAAUGGAACUGGAGUUGGUGUAGGCACAAUUAAUACAGGAGAAAUUAAUAUUGGUGAAGGUAUUUCAAAUACAACAGAUUUAAAUAAAAAUGCUACCGUAUUUAAUCCAUCUUCUUCAACAUUUGAUGAUGCUGAUACAGCUCCAUUAACACAUGAUAGUGAUUAUAAAUACUCAGAUAGUGGGUACAUUACUGUCGGUGUUGUUGGUGAUAAUGGAACAACAGUUAACCAAUCAGAAUAUAGCAACACUGUUAAUUCAAAUGUCAAUAAUGAAAAUAGUAAAAAUUUAUCUACACAAGGCACAACUAUUAAUCAAACAAACGAAAAUAAUGGACUAUUUUUACAAUCAACUGAAUCAUUACAAAAUGAAUUAAUACUAUCAACUGAAAGAGGAAAUUUUAAUGAAGAAACAACAAUAAUACCUAUUUCUAAUGAGGGAUCAACAUUAAAUCAAGGAAGUAUUAAUAGUGAAUCAACAUCAAAUAACAUAAAUAUUGGAACUACUAAUAAAAUAGAUGAAAACUUUGAUAAUACUACACCUUCAUCAACAUUAUUAAGAGAUUCAACAAAUAACGAUGGUACAAAUUCUAUUCAAAAUGAUGCUACAUUAAUUGACACUACUACAGAUCAUCAAAAUAGUGGUGCUAAAGUAACAGGUGUGUAA